CUUUAUGAAGGGAACCGGGUCAUGUUAGAGAGCAGUUCACUGUGCGGGGGCUUGUGGAAACGGAUUGCGCAUUUGCCACCCAGACGCCUGCACAUCUGUGCGUCUGUGCCAGCACCGGACCGUCUCCACGUCCAUGGAUAAAAAGGAUCCAAAGGCAGCAGGAUGGUUGUUGCGGGAACGAGUAAUGGAACCUUCAGUAGCAACAUGAGAUCGUCGUUUGUGAUCGAAGACAAAGCUGCUGGCGGAGACCCCGGAGGCUCCACCAACAGGAUGAUCUCGGAGGCUCUGAAGAUUGCGCAGGACGCCGUAGAAGCUGCAGCAGCAGCGGCAGCAGCAGCAGCCACGUCUCCGUCCACCUCCAGCCAGCAGCUGGUCAGCAUGGACACGAACGGGACGCGGUGCGGCGAGCAAAUCCUGAGCUACGGCCGGGUGGAGAAAGUUCUGAUCGGAGGCGUCCUCACCAUGCUCACCCUGUCCACCAUCUGCGGGAACCUGCUGGUGGUCAUCUCCGUGUGCUUCGUCAAGAAGCUGCGCCAGCCCUCCAACUACCUGAUCGUGUCUCUGGCCGUGGCCGACCUGUCGGUGGCUCUGGCCGUGAUGCCGUUCGUCAGCAUCACGGACCUGAUCGGGGGUCAGUGGAUAUUCGGACAGUUCUUCUGUAACGUUUUUAUCGCCAUGGACGUGAUGUGCUGCACCGCGUCCAUCAUGACUCUGUGCGUAAUCAGCAUCGACAGGUAUUUGGGCAUCACAAAGCCGCUGACUUAUCCUGUUCGCCAAAACGGUUGCUGCAUGGCCAAGAUGAUCCUGUCGGUGUGGCUCCUCUCUGCCUCCAUCACGCUUCCUCCACUCUUUGGCUGGGCGCAGAACGUCAACGACGGCAGAGUCUGUCUCAUCAGUCAGGACUUUGGCUACACCGUCUACUCCACAGCGGUGGCCUUCUACAUCCCCAUGUCCGUGAUGCUGAUUAUGUACUACAGGAUCUAUCGCGCAGCCAAACUCAGCGCGGCAAAGCACACCAUCACGGGCUUCCCAAGGGAAGGGGAGCAUGGAACAGUGGCGGCUCCUCAAAGAGGAGGACGAGGAGGGCAGGAGGUGCAGCUGGGAGAAUCGGGGGAAACUGGAAGUGUUGAAGGGACGGAGGUGGUGCCGGAGGCCGAGGAAGAGGAGGUGAGCUUGGACUGCGUGUCGGCGGCUCUGAAGCUCCAGCGUGAGGUGGAAGAAGAAUGCAGCAAUCGUGUCUCUCGCCUCUUGAAGACCGGUGAGCACUAUCAGCGGCGAAAGAGAAAAAACCAGUCCAUCUUCAAACGGGAGCAGAAAGCGGCGGCCACCCUGGGCAUUGUGGUUGGAGCCUUCACUUUCUGCUGGCUGCCGUUUUUCCUGGUGUCCACUGCCAGGCCGUUCGUGUGUGGUGUGGAGUGCAGUUGCGUUCCCCUCUGGCUUGAAAGAACCCUGUUGUGGCUCGGUUAUGCCAACUCCCUCAUUAAUCCCUUCAUUUACGCUUUUUUCAAUCGUGAUCUGAGGACGACCUACAGUAACCUCCUGCGGUGUCGCUACAGGAACAUCAAUCGGAAGCUGUCGGCGGCCGGCAUGCAUGAAGCCCUCAAACUGGUGGAGAAGCCAGACACUGAUGCCUAAACCACUUGAUGAAGUGCCCAGUGGAGCUGAAUCCAGACUGGUUCUGGUUCAUGCAGUGAUUACCGAGGCAGGAAAAAUGCCUGCCUCAUGUGGCGCACACUGGCACAGAUUAGCCAAACCGUGUUUGGAGAAAAAUGGCGCAGACUGCUACUGAAUCAUUACUGUCCCCACGGUGAAGUGCAAUGACUGACAGGACAGUUGCUACCUUGGUGUAGACAAAACCAGUUUCUAG